CAGUCACACUAGAAGGGGAGGAGAGAAAAGCCAUGGCCGACAAGGUCCUGAAGGAGAAGAGAAAGCUGUUUAUCCGUUCCAUGGGUGAAGGCACGAUAAAUGGCUUACUGGAUGAAUUAUUACAGACAAGGGUGCUGAACAAGGAAGAGACAGAGAAAGUAAAACGUGAAAAUGCUACAGUUAUGGAUAAGACCCGAGCUUUGCUUGACUCUCUUAUUCCGAAAGGGGCACGGGCAUGUGAAAUUUGCAUCACAUACAUUUGUGAAGAAGACAGUUACCUGGCAGAGACGCUGGGACUCUCAGCAGAUCAAACAUCUGGAAAUUACCUUAAUAUGCAAGACUCUCAAGGAGUACUUUCUUCCUUUCCAGCUCCUCAGGCAGUGCAGGACAACCCAGCUAUGCCCACAUCUUCAGGCUCAAAAGGGAAUGUCAAGCUUUGCUCCCUAAAAGAAGCUCAAAAGAUAUGGAAAGAAAAGCCGGCAGAGAUUUAUCCAAUAAUGGACAAGUCAAGCCGCACACGUCUUGCUCUCAUUAUCUGCAAUGAAGAAUUUGACAGUAUUCCUAGAAGAACUGGAGCUGAGGUUGACAUCACAGGCAUGACAAUGCUGCUACAAAAUCUGGGGUACAGCGUAGAUGUGAAAAAAAAUCUCACUGCUUCGGACAUGACUACAGAGCUGAAGGCAUUUGCACACCGCCCAGAGCACAAGACCUCUGACAGCACAUUCCUGGUGUUCAUGUCUCACGGUAUUCGGGAAGGCAUUUGUGGGAAGAAACACUCUGAGCAAGUCCCAGAUGUAUUACAACUCAAUGAAAUCUUUAAAAUGUUGAAUACCAAGAACUGCCCAAGUUUGAAGGACAAACCGAAGGUGAUCAUCAUCCAGGCCUGCCGUGGUGACAGCCAUGGUGUGGUGUGGUUAAAAGAUUCAGUAGGAGUUUCUAGAAACAUAUCUUUACCAACUACAGAAGAGUUUGAGGAUGAUGCUAUUAAGAAAGCCCACAUUGAGAAGGAUUUUAUCGCUUUCUGCUCUUCCACACCAGAUAAUGUUUCUUGGAGACAUCCCACAAUGGGCUCUGUUUUUAUUAUGAGACUCAUUCAACAUAUGCAAGAAUAUGCCUGUUCCUGUGAUGUGGAGGAAAUUUUCCGCAAGGUUCGAUUUUCAUUUGAGCAGCCAGAUGGUAGAGCGCAGAUGCCCACCACUGAAAGAGUGACUUUGACAAGAUGUUUCUACCUCUUCCCAGGACAUUAAAAUAAGGAAACCGUAUGAAUGUCUGUGGGCAGGGAGUGAAGAGAUCCUUCUGUAAAGGUUUUUGGAAUUAUGUCUGCUGAAUAAUAAACUUUUUUGAAAUAAUAAAUCUAGUAGAAAAAUGAAAACUUGUCCUCAUUUUUCUCCCACACUGAAGAAACAGGGACUGGAACUUAGAGUGACUAAGGAAUUUAGAGUGUUUGACUUAAUCUGUCAGACCCAAACUGGCUAUUGGCACCUUUCUUUCCCAGAACUUAAAGUAAAAUAAAACAUAAAAAUUUAAAAAAGAAAAUCAGACUUACAAACAUAGCAAUGUUAUUAAUUACUUUCUUGAACAAAAAUUUAUUUUGUGCCAUUUUUAAAAAAAGAAAAAUCGUUUGCUGGGCUUUCUGCUUUGGGGAUGUGAUAUAAGUUACAGCAGGUAUCUGACUUCAAAUAAUUUAGAGCUCAGCAGGAGAGAUGGGGGAAGACAGCUAGUUAUGACAGCGACAGUGUAGUGUGAUAAGGAACUUUUCCCAAAUCCCACAGUUUACUACUGACAAAUCCAUGAACAGAACUUGCAUGUUUCUACUGUUUGCAAAAGUAUUUAAGACAAAGAAAGUAAGUUUUGAAUCAACCCUCAGUAGUUCACAGACUUCUUGAAAAGAUAAGACAGCCAUCCAAAAUGAAGCACUUGGCAGAUAGUGCCUGACACCCUGAAGAAACUCUAGGAUGCAUGGUGUGCACAAUGAAGUCCUGGCAUGGUGCAGAGAAAACGAGUUUGAAGUGAAAUCAUUCACUCAGGGGUGUUAAGAUUUAGGGAGGAUUCGAAGAACUACCCCUUACUUGCAAAUAGGAGUUUUUUCUAAUAUUUAAUAUAUUAAAUGAGAGUUAAUUUCUGACUUUUUAAAAACCUUCAUAGUUGAACACAUUACAGUCUCUCUCUCUCUCUUUUCUUUUUUUUUUUUUUGCCUUUUAUUAACUGUUUCUCUGGGCAUAUCUCUUCUGUACUAUCAUGCAUAUUCUACUUCAACCUGAGACUACAUCUGCGAUCAGUCUUUGCUCAGAGAAUAUCAAAAAGCAGAAGUGAAUUGCCACCCUAAGUAAAAAUUAACUGUUAAAGCACUUUUAGUCAGUUGAAGAACAGCAUUCCAGGAAGUACAUAAGAGGAUUCCUUCAGAACUGUCUCCAAUCAAAGGGUAAGAUGACAGGGAGAUGGGGAGGAGAAGACUCCAUCAUGAUUCCUCAGCACAGUUUAAACAAGAAAUACAUUUAUUGAAUAAACAAUCCUUUCCUUGUUUCUUUUUGCUGUUGUUGUUGACUUUGUUGAGUAUCAGUUGGUUAUAGGUGUGUGGCUUUAUUUUGGGGUUCUGUAUUCUGUUCCAUUGGGCUAUGUGUCUGUUUUUUUGUACCAGUACCUUGCUGUUGUGGUUACUGCAGAUUUCUAGCAUAGCUUGAAGUCCAGUAAUGUGAUGCAUCCAUCUUUGUGAAAAGCAGUUUGGAGAUUUACCAAAUAACUAAAAAAAGAACUAUCAUUUGCCCAAGCAUCUCAUUACUGACUGAAUCCUCAAAGGAAAAUGUACUGUUCUAUCAAAAAGACAUGUGCUUUGAAAUGUUUGUCACAGCACUAUUCACUGUAGCCAAAAUAAUAGAAUCAACCCAGGUGUCCAUCAAUGGUGGAUUGGAUUUUAAAAAAUGUGGUACACACCUACUAUGGAAUGUUACACAGCCAUAAAAAUGAAACCCUGCCCUUUGCAGCAACAUGGAUGCAACUGGAGGCCAUUAUUCUAAGCAAAUUAAUGCAGAAACAGAAAACCAAAUAUCACAUAAUCUCACUUGUAAGUUCUAGCUAAAUAUUGUGUACACAUGGACAUAAAGAUGGGAAUAACAGACACAGGGAGCUACUAGAGGGAGGAGUGAAGGAAGAGGGCAAGAGCUGAAAAACUAUGUACUGGGUGCUAUUCUCACUGCCUAGGUGAUAGGUUAAAUUGUACUACAAACCUCUGCAUCAUCUAAUAUACUCUUGUAACAAACCUGCAUAUCUACCCCUGAAACCCAAAUAAAAAUUGAAAUGAAAAAUAAAGAAACCUAAGAUAUACAAAAUAUUUGAUUAAUUCUUAUGGGAAGGUGAAAGGAAACUAGUUAGAUUUUACUCAUUCAGGACAUGUGUUUUUAGGUGAGCGGAGGUAGAAAAACUGACAGAUCAGAAGAGAGGGAUGAAUAGAAGAAGAUGUGGGGCUAUGGAGAGAGAAAAGGAAAAAGAAAACCAGGCUGAGGUUUCAACCCACAAAACAAUGUUUUGUCAUUUGCAUUUUUUUUCCCCAGGGAAGAAUCUAGAGUUCAAGACUAGAAAGCCAAUUUGCUGACUACAGGGCACUUCCCAAUGAUGAAACUAGAGGUUCCCAGAAGCAACUUCAUAAUCUGUAAUCACUUGUCCCCACUCCCUGCAAUAAGGAAAUACCUGGUGUCUUUUAUUUCUGAGUCUGAGGCACUUUCCAGUGCUGUAAGAAGAGACAGAGGCUGUUAGCUAUGGCUGGUGAGUCUGGGCCCUUUUCUGACUAGCAGCUGGGGACUCAGGUCUUAGAAAAAUCUUGAUUUAUUGCUAUGUGACAGGCAGAAAUACCAAAAGGGAAAUCAGCCAAUAGCGUGCAUGCUGAAUCUUUCUCUUAUUGGUGGUAUGUAGUUUGAAUCAUGAGACUCUGUGUAGAGACACUGAAGGAGAGUAUGUUCUCUAGAUGUUUUCAAGCCAGAAAAUGGUUAAUUCCUUUCUUUCAGCUUCUGGUAAUCAAAGAGAGUGUAAGGAAAGACAGAGUAAGUUAUUUGUGUGAGAAAACUCCAGAAAUUUCUAAAUGCACUCUGAAAUCUUCUCUGCUUCCUCUUGAUCCAAAUUAAUCCUCCAGACUAUGAACCUUCUCCCCACAAUCAGAUCUGAGAGCCUCUGUGUUCUCAACGUGUUGUCAUCCCUUAUCUUGAAUUAUCUUAUUGGUCUGUUUAAAGUGAUUGCAUUUUUCCACCUUUCUAUGUAGUCCUGGUACUAACUAUUAUAAUGUAAUACAUCUUAGGUUGCUAUCAUAGACUUUUAACUGUUUUCCCACUCCCAAAAACUUAACCCUUCAGUCCAUACUGCACACUACUUUCAAGCCACCUGUCUUACACACAGAAGCUAAAAAAGCUUAUGAGUUGGAGUCCUGGGCUACUUAAGCAGCUCAUAUUCCAGCAGGUCAUAUUGCGUCUUUGGCUUCAUUCUCCUCAUUGGAAAAAGGAAGAAACUGGAAUAGGUCAGUGCUUUCUAAACCUUAUAACAUAUAUGAAUAAUCUGCAGUCAUAUUUAAAAAUCAGAUUACCACUGCCUUCCCAACCCUGAAUUGCUCAAUCUUUAACAGCCUGUAGACAUUUAUUAACCUUUAAAGAUCUGCAGACAAUUCUUAUGAAGCUAGCCUGGCACAGAUUCUUCUGCAGGUUAGCAUUAUUAGCAAAGGUGGUCAGUUAGUUAACUCUCACCUCUCACAUGCUAGGGAUCUAUUAAUGUAAUUUUCUUGCUCAGCAACAUACAUUGGCUCCCUAUUGCCUUUUAAAAAAUAUCUAAACUUUCAGAUAAUGUUUCAGAUGGUGUUUCUGUCUUUCAAAAUAUACUUAUUCAUUUUUCCAUUAAUCACUCUAAGCCACGAUUUUUAUGUUCAUAAGAAAAAAAAGCAAAUAUUUACUGUAUUUUACUUCACUUAUACUUCCUUGCUGUUAAGUUUCUUUAUUCCUUUGAUUCUCUCAGUAGCUUAAUUAUCUCCAGGUUUACAUCCCUCAGUAGCUUAAUUAUCUCCAAGGUUUACAUCUCACCUCACAAGAUUUAACUGACACUCCUAACAUGCAGGAAUUGCUUGCUUUAAAAAUUUUUUUUUGUCUAUUUUAUGAUACUAAAAAGCAUUUGGCCAGGGAGGAGUAAGUCAGAUUCAUAGCCAUGGCUGCCUCUUUGGCCGGGCAGGCUGACUUUACCGGUCGUAGACUGGAGUAAGGAGAAUCAUUAGAUAAUAGAUAGGAGAAAUGGAAGGGCACUAAUCAAAAACAAGUUAAGUGGGUCAAUAAUUAUAAACAACCAUGUGUAGUUGGUCUUCGUUAAAUAAAACUAGUGAAAAACAGUAUCCUAUAUAAAAUGUGUAAGAACAUCACAUCACUUUGCCUAGGACUGAAACUGCUCGUGAUGAAUUUGGCCUCUAAAUUAUUCCAUUCGUUUUUAUUAUCACUGCAUCUUCAAUUCAUUGAUUACUAAAAUAACAAAAAAUAAUCAAUAAAAACUGUGUUUUAAAAACAGUACUGUGUGAUUGGUAUCUCCUGCACUCUCUCUGACUGAAUAUUUAAAACCAGUCAGUUAAGUUUGUGCUAUUAUUGCCAUUUUAUAGUUGAGGAAGGUGUCUAGAAAAGGACUAUGAAAUUUUCUUUUGGUCUAAUGUCUGUUGAGAAGAGUGAAUCUAGGUUGGCCUGACUCUUAAACUCGACACACUAAUGUUCUGUCAAUUUUCCGCAAACAAAUAUCUUCAAAUGGUG